UAUUCCCUGUUCAGCUAAUAAAAAAAUGCAUCAACUGCUCUGGUCCUCACGACACGAGAGACAGGAAUUGUCCCACCUUCAAAAAACAAGAGGUAAUCAUUAGAACCUUGGCUCUGGACAACGUAACUUUCGCUGAGGCAAGGAGAAAGACUUUUAGGAUCAGCCAAAACAGGAGUUCCACUAUUUGCAACAAGACACCGAUUAAAACUCUAAAGGAAUUUCCAACAUUUCCUGCAUUGCCUGAGGAUAGGAAGACCCUGCGUGGUGCUACCGAAAUAGUGCCUCCUACAUAUUCUUCUCGUCUUGGCGCUGGCCGGUCGGUGACGUCUACAUCAUCACAGGACUACGAAUCCAGGGACUCCAUCACAUCAAUGUCUUACCAAUAUCUUGUGGGUCUAACAACAGCAAGUACCAUUAUUAGUGAAACAUGCAAGGCAAUUUGGGAUUUGUGCCCUUUGGUUCUUCCGGAUCAACUUACAGAAAGAGACUGGCUGGAUAUCGCCAAUGAUUAUGAUAAACAAUGGAAUUUUAUUCAUUGCAUUGGAACCAUCGAUGGCAAACAUGUCAUCAUUCAAUGUCCUAAUAAUGCUGGAUCAAUGUGUUUUAAUUACAAACACAGUCACAGCAUAAUCUUAAUGGCUAUCUGCGAUGCAAAUUACGUGAUCCGUUUUGUGGAUAUCGGAGCAUACGGACGACAAAGCGAUGGUGGUAUCUUUAAAGAUAGCGCUAUGAGGAAAGCAUUUGAUGAAGGCCGGAUGAAUAUUCCACAGCCAGUAGCGAUUGGAGAAAGAGGACCUAUUUUACCGUACUGCCUUGUAGGAGACGAAGCUUUUCCUCUAAAGCCAUACUUGCUUCGUCCGUAUCCUGGCAGAGGGCUUACACCAAAACAAGAUAUAUACAAUUACCGUCUGAGUCGUGCCAGACGUACAAUAGAAAAUACAUUUGGUAUAUUGGCCAGUCAGUGGAGAAUAUAUAGAUAACCAAUUAUAGCUAAUAUUGAGAACGCGAAAUUAAUGGUUCAAGCAACCGUUUGUCUUCAUAAUUGGCUUCGUCGACAGAACGUUGAUGUGAAUGUAUAUGUACCUCCGUAUUUGGUCGAUGUCGAUGAUCCAAACUGUCCAAAUAUCUUCAAAGCAGGGUCUUGGCGAAACAUUAUAGAAAACGGAUGUGCAUUUAAAGAUAUUUCAAACUGCGGAUCGAACAUGAGUGCUAGACAAUGCGUACAAAUUCGAAAUGAAUUUUGCCGUUAUUUUAAUAGUGACGGAGCGGUUCUGUGGCAAAAUAAUAGAAAUAAAUGAAA